CGCUGGUUGCACAGAAGCAGCAGCACUGGCAGCAGCAGCGACAGACAAAAGUCGUGACAUGUUGCACUAUGUAGUCUGUCGCUAAUUGUAGGACACUAAGUAUUGAAACAAUGACUGCUGAUGAAGUCACAAACGGCGGGGCCAGCGGAGCGGACUCAGCGGUUCUGCUUGGUCGCGCUGCUUGCCCCGUUUGGCUGAACCCGGAGCGAUUUUUGGAGCAGGAGUUCAACGCGGACGCCUGCGUCGCGGACCUUCGUCGCUAUGUGCCGCUGGCCACGCUUCAGAACGAGCUGAGCAGCUAUCUUGCAACCCUUAAAACAAAGCUGGUGGAGGUCAUCAAUGAGGACUACGCCGACUACGUGGGUCUCAGCGGCCGUCUGGCCAACGUGGAGGGCGCGGUGGUGCGCAUGCGCAAGCCGCUGCUGGAGCUGCGGGACAAGCUGCACGCGGUGCAGGAGGCGGUGCGCACCGAGCUCAACUCCCUCAACCAGGGUCUGCGCAAGCGCAAGGAGGUGGCCACCCAGCGCGCGCUGCUGGAGCUGAUCCUGGAGGUGGCGCACGUGGCGGCCAAGGUGGAAAAGCUGCUUGAGGAGGUGGUGGCGGCGGACCAGCACGCCACAGCCACCUCGGCCACCUCGGCCGGCGGCGCCGCGGCGGACUCGGCUGGCGGCGGCGGCAGCUCCCUGGCUGGUCCCGACCUGGUGGCCCAGUGCCGGCUGCUGGAGCGGGUGGCGGCGGAGGUCAGCCGGCUGGCGUUCCUGGCCAACAAGGGCAAGGACCUGGCGUUCGUGCGCUCGCUGGAGCCGCGCAUCGCCGCGCACCGCGCCGCCCUGCGCGGCCGUCUGUCCGCAGCACUCACCGCCGCGCUGGCGCCCGCGGCCGCGCCGCCCGGGACCUCCAACGGCGGCGCUAACGGCGGCGCUAACGGCGGCGGCGGCGGCGGGCCCCGCAACACGGCGGCGGCGCUGCACGCGCUGCACGCGGCUGCAGACCUGGGCGAGGCGGAGGCGGCGGAGGGCGCGGUGCGGCGAGUGGUGGUGGCGCCGCUGGUGGACCGACUCAUCGCCGAGCACAAGGCGCACGGCCCCGCUGGCGGCGCCUCGGCGGGCGGCGGCGGCCUGGCCGGCCUGCUGUCCUCCAUCCUGGCGGCUGUGCGGCGCGAGCUGGGGCCGCUGCUGGACGCCUGCCUGGCCCCCGGGUCGGCGCUGAGGGGGCUGGACCUGCUGGGGGCGGCGGUGCUGGACGAGGUGCAGGGCGCGCUGGCGGCGGCGCUGCCGGGCGUGUUCUCGCCCGGCGUGCCGCCCGCCUUCCACGCCAACUACCUGGCCACGGCGGCCUGGCUGCGGCAGCUGGAGGGGCUGUGCGCCACCAAGACAGGCGUGGAGCGGCUGCGCGCGGGGCCGGCCUACGGCGCGCUCAUGCGGCGCUGGAACACCUCGGUCUACUUCUCGCUGCUGUUCCAGGAGAUUGCGGGCGAGCUGGAGGACGCCCUGUCCGGCGACAAGCUGGAGCCUGCCUCCUCCUCCUCCGCCCCCGCCCCCUCCUCCGACCCCUCCUCCUCCUCCAGCACCCCCCCGCUGCUGCUGUCCGCCAGCGGCGCGCUGCUGCGCUGCCUGCGCCGCGCCGCCUCGCCGGAGGUGGUGCUGCCGCCCCUCACCGACCGCUUCCUGCGCCUGGCCCUGCAGCUGGCCCAGCGCUACGCCACAUGGGUGCUGGCGGCAACAGCCGCACGCAGAGAGGCGGCCGCGGCGGCGGCGGCGGCUGGCGCUGGCGCGCCGCCGGGCACGCCGGGCGCAGCAGCGCCCGGCGGCGGUGUGGGAGCGGGGUCGCCGGGUGCAGGGGGUGCGGGGGGAGGCGCGGGCGGGGCUGCUGCGUCUGGGCCUGCGGCCUGGGCGGUGGGGCUGCCUGCGGAGGAGCUCAUGGCGGUGGUGCACGAUGCCGAGGCGGUUCACGCCUUCCUGUCCGGCCCCUUCACCACCACCUUCCUGGAGCUGCUGCCGCUGCCACCCGCCGCCCUGCAGCUCCUCACCCCCGCGCCCUCCGCCUCCUCCCUCGCCUCCGCCUCCUCCCUCGCCUCACUCGGCUCCAUGCCUCCACCGCCCGCCGCCGCCGCCGGCGGCGGCACAGCCGCCGCCACAACCACCACCGACGGCGAAGCCGCCGCCGCCGCCGCCGCCGUGGCGGCGGCGGUUCGUGGCGCGCUGGCGGAGGCGGCGGAGGCUGUUCGCAGCGCGGGCCGGGGGCUGGCUGCGGCUGUGGGCGAGGAGGCUGUGGAGCGGUGUGUGGUGGUGGUGCGUCAGCUCAAGGGCAUCACCGCCACCUACCGCAUGACGGCCAAGGCGCCGCCCAGCAGGGCCAGCCACUACGUGGGCGGGGUGCUGACGCCGCUGAGGGCACUGCUGGAGGCGGCGCCGGUGCGGCGACUUGCGCCAGAGCUGCAGCAGGCGCUGCUGGUGCUGCCGGUGGCCGAGGGUGUGUGCGCUCGCUACGCGGCGCUGGCGGAGGAGCUGCUGGUGUCGGUGCGCAAGACGGAGAGCAGCCUCAAGAGGCUCAAGAAGGCCAAGGCCGGCGGGGAGGAGGACGCGGCGGCCGCUGUGUCGGACAGCGACAAGAUCACGCUGCAGCUGCACCUGGACGCAGCGGAGCUGGGCCAGCAGCUGGGACGACUGCUGCUGGGGGCGCCGGCAGCAGGAGGAGGAGGUAUAGGAGCAGCAGGUGGGCAGGAGGAGCUGGAGGCGGCGGCGGCGGCGGCGGUGCCGUCCUUCCGCCGCCUGCAGGAGGUGGUGGCGCCGCCGCCGGGGCUGCUGCCGGUGCCCGGAGGCGCGGCGCCGCCGGCACACCACGUGGCGGCGUCUGCACCCGCCUUUGGCGCUUCUGCGGCACCGGCACCAACGCCAUACCGGGCACAGCCGCCGCAGCCGCCCGCUCCGGCAGUGGCGGUGGGCGCGGGGUCUGGCGGCGGUGCUGCUGGGUUUACGGCCGCGGCGGCAGCGGGGCCGGCGUUUGGUGCCUUGGGUGCGCUCGGGGCUUCGGGGUUGGAUGUGCCGCUUGGUGGUGCAGUGGGGGCUGAGAGCGAGGGAGGCGCGGGCGGCGGGCCAGAUGCGCUGCUGUGAUCAGGCGAUGCGUGCAGCGAGGGCUCUGAAGAGUACAGGUAGUGUUUGCAAGCCGGGGGGCGAAGGAGUGGAACUCCUAGCGGUACAAGACUACAGAAUCUCGAUGCGAUGCGCUGUAGCAGCGCUGGUGUGUGCAAUGACACCUCCCGGGUCCUUGCUCUGAAAGCAGGCAGGAUUGUAGUAAUACGGAAAUCUCGAUGUUAC